GAGACUCAUUUCCAUCUAGAAGCCGGUGCUGAGAGGUCGUAGUAGCCAACCCAUUCAAGUGUUUGACUGGGAUUUAAAGAUAUUAGUCUGCAUGCUGAAGUCACUGUCUGGUUUAUGGUGUUCUGUGAAGGGCAGCAUACAAGGGAGGGAAACGCAGAACAAUAUGAGGACCCUGAGAAGUGGGCGCUGUGUUCCUGGAAGCGCCGGGCCCUCGUUCCGCGUCGCAGGGGAAAGGCAGAGGGAAUGGGUAGUGCCAAACCCCCCUCCUGUGCCCCAGACAUUAACGUCUGCUGUGGAGGAGUUACUGCAGGCGUACACCACAUCUGACUCAAACCCUCCAGAUGAGCCUUGUCCAAUAUGCAUGUGUAGCCUCCAGUGUCCAAGUGAUUGUAGCAGUCAGGAUGUAACAGAUGAUGAAGGUGUUGUCAAGUUGACUAAGUGUGGCCACUCACUUCACAAGUUGUGCGCAAGAAUGAUGGCAGAAUCAAAGCAACACUUUAUUCCAUGUCCUAUGUGUAAAACUGUACAUGGUGUGAGACUAGGAAAUCAGCCUGAUGGAGUAAUGGAAAUCAUGACUGUAAAUGAUGAUCUUCCUGGAUUUGACUGUGGGACAAUCAUCAUCACAUACAGGUUUAGUGGUGGCAUACAAGGACGAGAACACCCCAUUCCAGGCCAUCCCUACCGAGCACAUGCCUUCCCACGUCGUGCCUUCUUGCCAGAUAAUGAAAGAGGAAACAAGAUCCUACAGCUGUUGGAGGUUGCAUGGCAGAGACGUCUGAUAUUCACAGUUGGCACAUCCAUAACUAGCGGCCAGGAAAAUGUCAUUACAUGGAAUGAAAUCCACCAUAAAACUGAAUGGGAAAACUACCAUGGUCAUGGCUAUCCUGACCCAGCUUAUCUAGAUAAUGUUACCAUGGAGUUAGAGCUUCAAGGUGUGACAGAGGCAGACCUUGAGAGUAAUGGAAAUAGAAACCUGGAAUAGAUUAACUGUGAUAUUAUACUCAACUAUUUUUUAAGGGAUUUGUAAUCCGUAGGUAAGUGUAUACUUCUGAGAGUGAAGAAAAAAAAUUCCAUUAGUGCAUAUUUGAAAGUAAAAAAGGUUCUAUUUGGGCAUCAUUUUUAAGUUAUAUAUUUGGCUCAUCUGAGUGCCAUCUUCCAAAACUUCUCAGAAAUCUCUCUCUCUCUCUCUCUCUCUGUCUCUCUCUCUCUCUCUCUCUCUCUCUCUCUCUCUCUCUCUCUCUCUCUCUCUCUCUCUCUCUCUCUCUGUCUCUCUGUCUCUC